UUCACAAAGGUAAUCUAUCGCCGUGAGAAUGGGAAUCAACGUAAUCUAUGUCUCAGCUUCUCCUUCUAUAUAUUCGCCUUUUCCUAAUCCACAGGGUUCAUUGCAUCAAAAUUGGAAGCUUCGAAAGCACAAGCUGAACUUGAGGCUUUCACCGUUUCCUUUGAAUUCGAGUUGCAGCAGGAGGAGGACAACUUUCAUAUGUGCAGCCAAUCAAGAAGCUGAGGAAGCUUUUAAGAAGACUGUUGAAAUUGAUAGGCUCAUAGAUAUGCUUAGAGAAGCUAAUCCUCACCAGCUUCAGAAACUUGUUGUUGAAAAUAUCCUUGCUUUUAAUCCAAGCUUUUGGGUACGGCUUGCGGCAAGAACUGAUACUUGCAAGUCUGAGGAUGAUAAAAAAGAUUAUGAAGAAUUGGCUGCGACGGUCAUGAAUGUGGUGGAUCGUGUGGUGCAUAAGACUAACGAGAAGAUAGAGUCUGCCACAGAUGUCCUGAAGGGAGUACUAAAACCUGUGGUUGAUGAUGAAGGAGAGAUUCCCUGGCCUCCCAGAGAUCCUAGGGCACUCACAUUGAUGGAAAAGGAAAUAAGUCAAAGGGAGCAAGAAGGACAGUUGGACGAAGGGUUCCUUGCUGAAGUUAAUGCUCAGCUACGACAAGCAAAGGAAGAUGGUGAUAAACCUGGGCUCGAGGCUAUGUUGCAAAAAGUAUUGCAGCUCUAUGCUUCCAAAGUUCUCUCAAAACGUAGUUAUGCCAUGAAAGGGAAGGAAGUUUUGAAGGAUGAGCUGUUCCUUGAAAUCAUUAUCCAAGCUCCUGAACAAGAAUGGAACAAUAUUUUGAUCAACGGAUUGACAAUUGGUGCUGGGGAUAUUUCACCAGAGGAGCUCUUCACUGUCAUAAAGAAAAGAAUUGAGCGCAUUUUGAUUAGAACUGUGAGACAAAGCCAUACUCCUACAUUUGGUUCUUAUUCUUUCUCUGUGUUCUACUUAACUGAAGUUGUUCCUCUGAUUUAUCCAUACUCUUUCUCCUCACUGCAUACUGCUGAAAAAUAAAGGAGGGAGGUUCUUACCAACAGCGGAUUCUGACAGAGUAUCUGAAAGGCAUUGAAACCAGAGCAGAGGAGAUAAUUCAAGUGCUUCAGGGGAAACCAUAAGAGCAUUUUCUUCAUACCUGAAAUGGGCGUGGCAGUUGAAAUGUCAUAAGCCAUAACAAUGUUCUGCGUGAUGCUAGAAGUGGUUUGUUAUUUGUGGAGCAGAUCAAGCUAAUACACAAUGAGCUGGAGAAAUUUAGAUGAUCACAUCUUCAAGCAGGUACCGAUAUACCCACGCGGAUCGACCGGUUGGCUUUCAGAAUAGUAUCUUGGCUACUUUCAGCUAUCUUUACGCAGCAGGUUAAGUAGUUUCUCCUGUAGCCAAAAAUUGAAAGAAAAUAUACAAUAUUCUUGUAGUAUUGGAAUCUAGCAAAAUUAUAAAUCUUGCUGACCAGUGUUUAGGGACUGGUUAAAGAGCA